AUGGGACUCACGCUCUCCACCUCCCAAAAGUUUGUGUACCGGCGCCUGAAAGACUUCAUUAUUGAGCACGGUCACCCACUGGAUAAAAAAUCAGCAAAAGCCCUCGCCAAAUGGCUGGAUAGCCACCACCAUCACGUUAAUGAUGACACCACGUUCGAUGAGUGGCAAAAAAUAGGCUUCCAGCUGUGGCGAGAGGGUGAAAGGGGUGACCGGCUCGCCAAAAAGGCGCAGAUAGCCUGGAGGCUUGUUCUGAUGGUGCUACAGCACCAGAUGAUGAGCAAGAAGAGCGGCAGUAACAACGAAGAAGCCGACUCCUCCAAGAUCACGCAGGAAAGCAAAGAAAACACGGACAGAGACACUUUUUACACGGACACGGACACGCACACAACAGAUAGAGACACUGAAAAACCCGGGAAGAAGGGAGGGAGAAAAGGAAGACAUCAAAGCACACAAAAUGGCGGGCAGGAGUCAAGCAAAGAUCAAGAUGGCGGGAGGGCGCGAAGAAGGGGAUCGCGGCGACUUAACAGCGACGAGGAGGCGGGGCCCCUGGUAGCGCGGGAAAGAUCUAGGCGCGAAAAGCGGAGGCGGGACUCUAGACCGUCUCCCUCCCGGAAGCCACGAGGUUCAGUGGGUGGGGCCAGGGCGAAGGCCACACCCAACUUCCACCAAGAUGGCUGCGCCCAUAAGGCCCGAGCCACCGAGGCCUACCCCGCCUGCCGGCAUUCCAACCCUGACUGUCACUGGGCACCAUCCCUCCCGGAGGAGCCGUCCACCGCUCCGGACAUUUGGAAAACCUUCCGGGAGGACGCAGCAAGUGCCCAGGACGUCGAAUUUCUAAAGGCCUUCCCAGUUUAUUAUGAGGAAGGGAAGCCCCCAGAGUGGCGUCCCAUCUCAUACCCGAUGUUGAAAGACAUCAAAAAAGCCAUCGUAGAGUAUGGGUUGGGCGCGCCGUUCACCAUCGGACUUUUAGAGUCUUUUUUUCUUGCAUAUACCCUCAUUCCCUUUGACGUAUGGGCGAUCAUGGGAGGCCUGCUGACCACCGUGCAGGCCUCCGUGUUCGAGGCGGAGUGGAGGAAAAAAAUUAUAGCUUUCGUGAACGACAAGAUGGAUAGGAGAGGUCUUCCCCCACGGCAGGCGGUAGACAUGCUUUAUGGGGAAGGUGGUUACACGCGAAGAGGGGAUCAAGCUAAAUUAGACCCCAAAUUGUUAGAUAUCAGCAAAGAAUUGGCAUUAGAAGCCCUGAAGAAGGUGGCCGACGCAUAUGUGCCGACCCCCUCCUUUACAAUGAUUAACCAGGGCAUAAAAGAAUCUUUCACCGAUUUUAUAACCAGGCUUAAAGAGGCGAUUGCCAGGCAGGUCCCUCAAAAAGAGUGCCAGGAAAUUUUGUUUAAUAAAUUGGUAAUCGAAAAGGCCAAUGAGGACUGCCAGAGAGCUUUAAAGCUGCUCAAAAAUCCCACUCUUUUAGAAAUGAUCGAAGCGUGUAAGAAUAUUGGAUCCCAAUCCCAUAAAGCACGCCUACUGGCUGCCGCCUUUACAGGCCCGAACCAUUGCUUCGAAUGUGGGGAGAAGGGGCAUUUCAAAAAACAUUGCCCUCGCCUGUCCGCGUCCACACCCAAUCUCCCGAAAACUGUGUGUAAAAGGUGUGGAAAGGGGCGGCACUGGACAGCCAGCUGCCGUUCCCUCACGGACAUAAAUGGCGAACCUCUCCCACCAUCCCGUUCACGAAACCUAAAGAGACGGGUCACCUUUUCCUCCCUCCCAGAUAUCAGGCGUUACACUGAGGAACAGUCGGGAAACGGGGAGCAGAGCGCCCGGGGGGGCGCGAUGACACAAGUGACCCCCCAACUGCGCUCUGCUCUGCGCACGGCCUCCCAGCCGAACCUUCACCAAGAGUAA